CGAAGCUGGGCGCCCGCGUGAGCUUCUUUUCACCAUGAAUCGCUUACGUCGACCAUGGACGGUCCACCGGACGAACACGGAUGACGUGCAGAUGAACACUUUGCACGACAAUGGCAAGAAACCGGCCCGUGACAACUCGGAUGAAGAGCUCGCGCAAGCGAACGACGAGAAGAUCAUUCAGACUGGGAGGAUAGAGCCUGUAAACGGAAAUCGACAAGGCAAUCCCACGGAAAUCGAGGUUGAUCUCAGCCAUGUCGUGGAAGACAACGAAAUCAAGGACCUGGACGGCGAUACGUCGCCAUAUCCGGAAGUGCGCGCGGUUGUACCAGAAACAGACGAUCCAUCGAUACCUGUGAACACGCUUCGGAUGUGGUUGCUCGGAAUCAUUUGGGUCUUGAUCGGUGGCGGCGUGAACCAGUUCUUCUCGCUCCGUUAUCCCGCCGUUCAUAUCGUAUCCAUCGUUGCUGAAUUGCUGGCCUAUCCUAUGGGUGUUGCACUGGCUCACAUCUUGCCAAUCAUGACCAUCAACAUCCCAUACUUCGGACCAUGGACCGUCAACCCGGACAGACACUUCAAUGUCAAAGAGCAUGUGGUCAUUGUCAUCAUGUCGAACGUGACAAUCGGCUUCGCAGGAGGUGCAGAUGCAAGCAAUGUCAUUCAAGCGGCCAUGAAGUUCUACGGGUUUGACAUUAAGCCGGGCUUCAGUGUCCUGGUCGUCCUCUGCUGUCAACUCCUCGGGUUUGGGAUUGCAGGUCUCUGCCGACAAUGGCUAGUAGAGCCAGCGAACAUCAUCUGGCCUGGCGUCUUGGGCAACUGUGCGCUGCUAAAUUCCCUACACAGUCGAGCAAACGUCGUUGCAGACGGAUGGAAGAUCUCCAGAAUCAGAUUCUUCAUGAUCGUCAUGGCUUGUGCGUUUGUUUGGUACUGGUUUCCCGGGUUAAUGUUCGUUGCGCUGAGUUACUUCACCUGGGUCUGCUGGAUCGCUCCUAAUAAUAUCGUCGUCAAUCAGUUAUUUGGCUUCCAGACAGGUCUCGGACUGAGCCCGAUCACAUUUGACUGGAGUCAGAUUGCUUACAAUACCAAUCCCCUCCUUUCGCCUUCUUGGGCUGCUAUCAACGUCUUUGGUGGCUUCGCCUUCUUCUACUGGAUCGUGGUUCCUGGCAUAUACUACACCAACACUUGGUUCACUGCUUACCUUCCAAUGAUGACAGCGGACGUCUACGAUCGCUUUGGUGGAGAGUACAAUGUCACAAAGGUUCUGACUCCUGAUGGGACCCUGGAUCCUGUCGCCUACGCAGAGUACUCUCCGCCGUACUUGAGCGCUACAUUUGCAUUUGUGUAUGGCUUGUCUUUCGCUUCCAUCACUGCCGUGCUUGUCCACGUCUGGCUGUGGCACGGUAGCGAUAUCUACGAAGCUCUUCGAGGUCGCCAGAAGCUUGACAUCCAUGGUCGUCUCAUGCGAGCAUACAGGGAUGUGCCCUGGUGGUGGUAUAUUGUCCUGCUUGCUGUGUGCUUUGCGAUGUCGUGUGUUCUGGUCGAGGUCUUCAACACAGAGCUUCCCAUCUACGGAGUCGUUCUUGCACUUUUGAUUCCUGCAAUUUACAUGGUUCCAUGCGGCAUAAUCCAAGGCAUCACAAACGUCGAUGCGAAUCAACUGAAUGUGCUUUCGGAAUUUAUUGGAGGCUACAUGUUCAAAGGAAAGCCUCUUGCAAACAUGGUAUUCAAGAUCUUGUCGACCGACGUUGUUAGUCAAGGCAUUUUCUUCGCCCAAGAUCAGAAGCUGGGUCAUUACUUCAAGGUCGCUCCCCGAACUGUCUUCUUUGCGCAAGGACUUGCUACCGUUCUUGGGGCUCUAUGUCAGACUGGAGUAACUCUGUGGAUGCUUGGCAACAUUGACGAUAUCUGCUCUAGUGAUCAGAAGGAUUCGUUCACAUGUCCGAAUGGCAGAACGGUGUUUUCAAGCUCCGUAAUUUGGGGCUUGGUCGGACCCGGAAGACUAUACAGCGUUGGCAAGAUCUACAGUUCCCUGCUGCAUUUCUUCUGGCUUGGAUUAUUGGUACCCGUCCUGAGCUGGGCUGCGUGGAAGUAUACCAAAAAGGACUGGAUCAAGAAGCUCAACUGGCCCUUGAUCUUUGUGGGAACGUACAAUGUGCCUCCUGCCACGGGCAUCAAUUACUCCUCGUGGGCUCUGGUCAACGUCAUCUUCAACCACAGCAUCAAGAAGAAGUUCUUCGCGUGGUGGGCCAAGUAUAACUACAUCCUCGCGGCUGCCAUGGACUUUGGUACUGCGUUUUCGGGCAUCAUCAUCUUCUUUGCUGUGAGCUAUCCUGGAUACUCCUUUCCGGACUGGUGGGGCAACACGGUGUUUCUCAAUACGGCAGACGGAAGAGGUGAUGCCUGGAAGGCGAUGCCGUCCGUCGGCUAUUUCGGAGCGGCCAACGGGACGUGGAGCUAGGGAACAUGUGUGUUCGUCGAGGACUAUCGUAGUGUCAUACUCGAUCUGCUUGUCU